AUGGCAGAACAGGAGACGGAGAGCAUGAUGGCUCUCGAGGUGAAGGACGGCAAUGAGGCUGUUCGUUUCUGCGAAGGGCAGAGCUUUGGUGCUCAUCGAAGUGUUGCCGGAGAACUGGUCUUCCAGACUGGUAUGGUCGGUUACCCGGAGUCCAUCACUGACCCUUCCUACCGCGGACAGAUUCUCGUUGUCACCUUCCCGCUGGUAGGCAAUUACGGUGUGCCCUCGCGAGAGGAGCGGGAUCCCAUCCUCAAGGACCUGCCAGCACAUUUCGAGGCGGCCGAGAUACAUAUUGCCGGUUUGAUUGUCAGUACAUAUGCUGGCGAGUCUUACUCACAUCACUUGGCUGAGUCCUCACUGGGCAAGUGGCUGAAGGAGCAGAAUGUACCCGCCAUCUGCGGUGUCGACACAAGAGCGUUGACGAAGCGGAUACGCGAGCAAGGCAGCAUGCUGGGACGACUCCUUAUGCAGAACGGUACUGAGCAUGUGCCUGAGAGUAUGCCGACUGGUGCCAUGACACCCAUCGGUACCAUGACACCAGCUCGAACGCCAAUGCCUCAGCCCAAUCUUCAUGCUGUUAGUGGUCGGCUGGCGGUCAAUGGGUCGAACGGAACGAACGGAAACGGAGCGAAUGGGGGAUACUUCGCCUCGAAGAAGCUAAAGGAGGUACCAACCUUCGAGGAGGUCGAGUGGUAUAACCCUAACAUCAGGAACCUGGUCAUGGAUGUCUCUACAUCCAAACCCAAAGUUUACAGCCCAAGUGCGUCCAGUGCGUUACAUCAUCCGUCUGGUAGACCUGUGCGUGUUGUAUGUGUCGACGUUGGCCUGAAGUACAACCAGUUGCGAUGUCUGGUGACUCGUGGUGUCGAGGUCGAGGUCGUGCCAUGGGACUAUGACUUCCCGAAGCUUGCUGGCAAGGAGUACGACGGUCUUUUCAUCUCCAACGGACCUGGUGACCCUGCCAUGAUGGCCGACACGGUCAAACACAUUCGCUCAGCUAUGGACGAGGCACGAACACCCAUCUUUGGUAUAUGUCUUGGUCACCAGCUGCUUGCUCGCGCUGCUGGUGCAGACACGCUGAAGAUGAAGUUCGGCAAUCGCGGUCACAACAUCCCAUGCACCAGCCUAUUAUCUGGCAAGUGCUAUAUCACCUCACAGAACCAUGGUUUCGCAGUGGACGCCAACACACUGCCCAAUGGCUGGAGCGAACUCUUUGUCAACGCAAACGAUCAAAGCAACGAGGGUAUUAGACAUGUCAGCCGACCGUACUUCAGCGUGCAAUUCCACCCUGAGAGUGCACCUGGACCUCGAGAUACUGAGUUCCUGUUCGAUGUCUUCAUCAAGACUAUCAUGAACGCGGUUGAGGAUCCUAAGAUCAUGCAACGCCCGGUCAGCUUCCCUGGUGGCGACGCCGCUGAGAAUGCUGCUCUGCGGCCUAAGCUGUCGCCGAAGAAGGUUUUGGUGCUCGGUAGUGGUGGACUCAGUAUCGGUCAGGCUGGCGAGUUCGACUACUCCGGCAGUCAAGCUAUUAAAGCGCUCAAGGAAGAAGGCAUCUAUACCAUCCUCAUCAACCCCAACAUUGCCACUAUCCAAACCUCGAAGGGCCUGGCGGACAAGGUCUACUUCUUACCAGUUAAUGCUGAAUUCGUUCGUAAGGUCAUCAAGCACGAGCGUCCGGAUAGCAUCUAUGUCACUUUCGGUGGCCAGACCGCGCUGCAGGUUGGUAUCCAGCUCAAGGAUGAAUUUGAAGAUCUCGGUGUGGAGGUCCUUGGUACUUCGAUCGAUACUAUCAUCACCACGGAAGAUCGCGAGCUCUUUGCACGCAGCAUGGAGUCUAUAGGUGCACCUUGUGCCAAGUCCAAAUCUGCCAGCAACGUCCAAGAAGCACUUGAGGCUGUAGAAGGCAUUGGCUAUCCAGUCAUCAUUCGCGCUGCUUACGCUCUUGGUGGCCUGGGCAGUGGUUUCGCGGAGAACAAGGAGCAAUUGCUCGACUUGUGCGGUAAAGCUUUCGCUGCGAGUCCACAGAUCUUGAUCGAGCGCAGUAUGAAAGGCUGGAAGGAGAUCGAGUACGAAGUCGUGCGUGAUGCACACGACAAUUGCAUCACGGUGUGUAAUAUGGAGAACUUCGACCCGCUCGGCAUUCACACUGGCGACUCGGUGGUUGUGGCUCCUUCGCAGACGCUGUCGGAUGAGGACUACAACAUGCUGAGGACGACUGCUGUGCGAGUCAUUAGGCACUUGGGCGUUGUUGGCGAGUGCAACAUCCAAUAUGCGCUGAACCCAGACAGCAGGGAGUACUGCAUCAUCGAGGUUAAUGCACGUCUUUCGCGUUCUUCGGCACUGGCUUCAAAGGCUACUGGAUAUCCUUUGGCUUUCAUCGCCGCUAAGCUGGGUCUCAACAUCCCUCUCAACGAGAUCAAGAACACCGUGACAAAGAAGACGGUGGCCUGCUUCGAGCCGUCUCUUGACUACGUGGUUGUCAAGAUCCCGCGAUGGGACCUGAAGAAGUUCACGCGUGUCUCAACACUUCUAGGCUCAUCAAUGAAGAGUGUUGGCGAAGUUAUGGCUAUUGGACGGACGUUCGAAGACGCCAUCCAAAAGGCUAUCCGCUCUGUCGACCCAAGCAACCUAGGCUUCAACGAGACUCCGGCGCUCAUGUCUAUUGAUAUCGACACAGAAUUGCAGACGCCUUCCGACCAGCGCAUGUUCGCUCUAGCGAACGCCAUGUUCAACGGCUACUCCGUCGACAAGAUCUGGGAGAUGACCAAGAUCGACAAGUGGUUCUUGUACCGUCUCAAGGGCCUCAGCGACUUCCGCAAAUCCAUGACUGAUCUGGUGUCCAAGUACCACGUCGACGACAUCCCACAUGCUCUGUUCAAGCGUGCGAAGGAGCUUGGCUUCUCGGACAAGCAGCUGGCUACUUUCUUGGACAGUAACGAACAGCAUGUUCGUCGUGCCAGGCUUGAGCAUGGUAUCAUGCCGUUUGUCAAGCAGAUCGAUACUGUGGCCGCCGAGUUCCCUGCGUAUACCAAUUAUCUGUAUACGACGUUCAAUGGCUCGGAGCACGAUGUUACGUUCGAGGAUCAAGGCGUCAUGGUGCUUGGUUCUGGCGUCUACCGUAUUGGAUCUUCGGUCGAGUUCGACUGGUGCUCCGUCAGGGCUGUACGCACUCUCCGCGAUGCUGGGAUGAAGACAGUGAUGGUGAAUUUUAAUCCGGAAACCGUCUCCACAGAUUACGACGAAGCCGAUCGACUGUAUUUCGAGAAUAUUACGCUCGAGACUAUACUUGACAUCUAUCAGCUCGAGCGCUCCAGUGGCGUCAUCUUGUCCAUGGGAGGGCAGAUUCCGAACAACAUAUCGCUACCAUUGUACCGAUCGAACGUCAAGAUUUACGGCACAUCUCCAGAGAUGAUCGACACGGCCGAGAAUCGAUACAAGUUUUCUCGCAUGCUCGACCGCUUGGGUGUGGAUCAACCAGCGUGGAAGGAAUUGACGAGUGUGGAAGAAGCCAGGGCCUUCUGCAAUAGAGUCGGCUACCCUGUGUUGGUCCGUCCAUCCUAUGUCCUCUCUGGAGCAGCUAUGAAUACAACGUAUUCGGAACACGACCUUGGUGCAUAUUUGGCUCAAGCUGCCGAGGUGUCCAAGGAUCACCCCGUUGUUAUUACCAAAUACAUCGAGAACGCCAAGGAGAUCGAGAUGGACGCGGUCGCCCGUAAUGGUACUAUGAUUGGCCACUUCGUGUCUGAGCACGUUGAGAACGCUGGUGUGCAUUCUGGAGACGCCACAUUGAUCCUGCCACCUCAGGAUCUGGAUCCGGAGACAGUACGCAAGAUCGAGGAUGCGACACGAAAGAUUGGAGACGCCCUUAACGUUACUGGUCCCUACAACAUCCAAUUCAUUGCCAAGGACAACGAGAUCAAGGUCAUUGAGUGUAAUGUUCGCGCUUCAAGAUCUUUCCCUUUCGUCUCGAAAGUAAUGGGUCUGGACCUGAUUGCAAUGGCCACGAAGGCGAUGACUGGAAUCCCAGUGCGAGAGUAUCCGCCUCUCAACGUGCCUUCCGAUUACGUUGCUGUCAAGGUCCCUCAAUUCUCCUUCUCUCGUCUGUCUGGUGCUGACCCAGUCAUGGGCGUGGAAAUGGCUUCUACUGGUGAAGUGGCUUGCUUUGGUCGUACCAAGUACGAAGCCUACAUUAAAGGCUUAAUAUCGACUGGCUUCAAGCUGCCCAAGAAGAACGUUCUUCUGUCCAUCGGGUCAUACAAAGAUAAGGUCGAGAUGCUUCCUUCAGUCGAGAAGCUGCACAAGAUGGGCUACAAGUUGUACGCCACUGCUGGUACCGCUGACUUUUUGGAGGAGCACGGCAUUUCUGUGCAAUUCUUGGAGGCAUUGCAGGAUGAAGAUCAGAGGCAAGAGUACUCGCUCACCCACGCUCUUGCCAACAACCUCAUCGAUCUGUACAUUAAUUUGCCAUCGAGCAAUAAGUUCAGGAGACCCGCCAACUACAUGAGCAAAGGCUACCGCACUCGUCGUAUGGCGGUGGACUACCAAACUCCUCUGGUCACCAACGUCAAGAUUGCGAAGAUCCUGAUCGAGGGUAUCUCGCGCAACUACGACUUCAAUAUCAGCAAGGUUGAUUACAUGACAUUUGCGGACGUUCCGACCACAGAGACCGCCGCGAUCGUACCACAGCCGCUACCAUCGCAGACUCUAGACGAUCUACUCAAGCAGUCGCCUCUCAAGGGCCAAGAUAUCGUCUCGGUCAAACAAUUCUCCAAAGAUGAUCUACAUCUGAUCUUCACUGUGGCUGCAGAGAUGCGCCUCGGUGUACAGCGUGAUGGCUGCCUGGACGUACUGAAAGGUUGCGUCCUUUGCUUGAUGUUCUUUGAGCCAUCCACUCGGACUUCGUCUUCCUUCGAUGCCGCCAUGAAGCGUCUUGGCGGGCAAUGCGUAAUGAUUAAUGAGUCACACUCUAGCACACGCAAGGGGGAGUCACUCGAAGACACUAUCCGAACCCUCGAUCAGUACGGCGACGCUAUCGUGUUGCGCCACCCAGACAAUGACAGUGCAGAGGUCGCCGCCAAAGCUGCUGGCCAUCCUAUCAUCAAUGCUGGAAACGGUUCACGUGAGCAUCCUACACAAGCCCUGCUCGACUUGUUCACGAUUCGAGAGGAGUUGGGGACAGUCAACGGCCUGACGAUUACCUUUACUGGUGAUCUCAGAUAUGGUCGAACUGUGCACUCCUUGUGCGAGAUUCUCAAGCACUACGAUGUCACGAUUCAGCUUGCUGCCGCGCCCUCGUUAGCACUGCCAACCAAAGUUCGAUCGGCACUAGAGUCGCGCGGUCAACUAGGUGCAGAGUCAGAUCGCUUGACACCAGAGAUGGUUGCUAAGACUGAUGUCCUCUAUUGUACUCGUGUGCAGAAGGAGAGAUUCGAAGAUCCUGAACUCUACGAGACCGUCAAGGAUCAAAUGGUUGUCAAUGCAAAGACGCUGAGGGAUGCGAAGAAGAACAUGAUCGUUAUGCACCCGCUGCCGAGGAAUAUGGAGUUGUCCAAGGAGGUAGAUGACGAUCCUCGAGCUGCAUAUUUCAGACAGAUGCGUUACGGGCCUUCGCAGCAUCUGCUGUUGCCUGACAAGAUCUCAAGUUUCUGCCGGGCACAAGGUUUCCAGGCUUUCGACACUGGCCCUCCGGAGCGUAGGGUGUACGACUUGUUCCUGCUCUCUACUGAACUUGACUGGCUAGAGAUCCGUCUACAUACACUAUCGCCAUUUGUGGACUUCUUCGUCAUAGUUGAAGCGAGAACGACAUUUACCGGUCUUCCAAAACCAGCUUUCCUUGAAGAGAACUGGGAGAGGUUCGCGCCCUUCCACAACAAGAUCAUACACCGGGUGGUCGAGGAUCCUGGUACGAGCAUUGGCCUGCAGACCUGGAACCAUGAAGACUAUCUGAGAACGUCACUCUUCAUGAAGACUUUUCCCGACCUGGUUGAUACAUGGCAGUCACCGCGCUGGGGUGAUGUGCUUAUCGUGAGCGACAUGGACGAGAUUCCGAAGCCUGAGACGCUGGUCGUGCUCCGAAAGUGCGAUUUCCCAGAUCGUCUUACAUUGCGCAGCCACUUCUAUUACUACAGCUUUCAAUGGCUACAUCGCGGCGAGCAGUGGCCACACCCGCAAGUGACAAUUUACAAAGGUCUUCACGAGACCAUACUCCCAUCUGAGUUACGAAAUGGCCUCACUCGGACUCAUGGCUGGCUUUACCGAAACUACUUCCGGUCUUGGUGGCAAAAGGCAGACUUCUGGAAUGCCGCAUGGCACUGUUCGUCGUGCUUCAGCACUGUCAAAGAGAUGCAGGCUAAGAUGAGCAGUUUCAGCCACACUCCUUUGAAUACUGCGGAAAAUCGCGAUGUCAAGACAAUGAUCGAACGAGUCAGGACUGGUCAGGACCUGUUUGGAAGGCAGCACGAGAUCUAUGAUAAGGUCAAGGAUAAUCGGGACCUCCCAGCAUAUAUCCAGCAGAACCGUGAGAGGUUCGGCUACCUGGUCGAUAGGGAUGGAAGCAAUGCAGCUUUCAUCGACGCUGACCCCAAGGAGUACCCACUGCUAGUGACGAAAAGCGAAUCAUGA